ACUCUUCAGUUUCACCAUUAAUAUUCUUCAGAAACUCUCAUAGCUAGGUCUUGUUAUGAUACUGAGCUGUAACUGAUCAGUGCUGCUGCUGCUGCUCCUUCCUGUUAGAAGAAGCUGGAGAAGAAGAUAGUGUUAGGACUCCGGAGAUCUAUUGGAACAGUGUGUUUGCUUCCGGGGACUGACACUGCUGAGACAAAGAAAAUGAGAGGAAAGCCAAUAUCUGGGAAAGCCAUCUUGGCUCUGUGCAUAGUUAGCUUCCUUGCAGGAUCACUCUUUGCAAGAAGAAAGUGGAAUCAUGUGGCUGAGACUAGAGAAUUUCGCCUUCCGGUUGUCCGAAAUCGCAUUGAGAAGCUUGGUCAGGCCUUGAGGAGUACUGACUGUCAUCACAAGUCUGGAAAGGCUGAAGCAUAUCCUGGAGAUAUUAUGGAAGAAGUCACAAAGACCCAUAAAGCAAUUCAAGCACUUGAUAAAACAGUUUCAACAUUAGAGAUGGAAUUAGCAGUAGCUCGUACAAGCCAAAAAAGUAUUGUUGGUACAAGAGAAAGAGCCCAGAAAACCCUAAAGAAAGCAUUUGUUGUGGUUGGAAUCAAUACUGCAUUCAGCAGCAAGAAAAGGAGAGACUCCCUUAGGGAAACAUGGAUGCCUAAAGGAGCUAAACUUAAGCAAUUGGAGAGAGAAAAGGGGAUAGUUAUUCGGUUUGUAAUUGGACAUGCUGCGACACCGGGUGGUGCCCUCGACCGAUCCAUCGAUGCAGAAGAUGCAGAACAUAAGGAUUUCCUCCGACUCAAACACAUUGAAGGUUACCAUGAACUCUCCACAAAGACAAGGUUGUACUUUUCUAUGGCAGUAUCUAUUUGGGAUGCCGAUUUCUAUGUUAAAGUAGAUGAUGAUAUCCAUGUCAAUUUAGGUAUGCUCAUGACUACACUAUCAAGAUACCGGUCGAAGCCAAGGAUUUAUAUUGGUUGCAUGAAGUCUGGACCGGUUCUAUCAGAAAAGAGUGCGAAAUAUUAUGAGCCAGAAUUUUGGAAAUUUGGAGAGGAAGGGAACAAAUAUUUCAGACAUGCCACUGGUCAAAUAUAUGCCAUUUCCAAAGAUCUUGCUGCUUAUAUCUCUAUCAAUGCGCCUAUAUUGCAUAGAUACGCCAAUGAGGAUGUCUCCCUAGGAUCAUGGCUCAUUGGCUUGGAAGUUGAACAUGUUGAUGACCGUUCGAUGUGCUGUGGGACCCCUCCAGAUUGUGAAUGGAAGGCUCAAACGGGAAACGUGUGUGUGGCAUCAUUUGAUUGGUCAUGCAGUGGAAUAUGCAAGUCUGUGGAGCGGAUGAAAGAUGUACACAACACAUGUGGAGAAGGAGAUGGAGCUGUUUGGAACGUUGAUCUUUUGACCAAAAGCUAAAAGAAGACCAUGAUGUGAUGAAAGAACAUUUUUCAUAUUAUAAGAGUGAAGAAUGAAGAAACUACUUUUAUGCAAUUUAUAGAAGUUUGUUUUUAUCUCUUGAAUAUAUUUAGUUAGAUCUUCAAAA